AUGAACACUCUUCCCUCUCAAGGAGCGCUGGCUACGAGCGCGGUGGGACAGCUAUCGCCGCGUGUACAACAAGUGUCCCCUGCGCAGCUGGUUGCCAACAUUGCGGUGCAGCAACAACAACAGCCCGUGGUACAAGUGCAGGCGCAAGCACAGGCCCCCGCAGACCCUCUAACGCAGUCCACCGCGGAGACGUGGCUUUCGAUCGCGUCGCUGGCCGAGACGCUUGGCGACGCGGACCGUGCCGCCAUGGCCUACGACGCGACCUUGCAGUACAACCCAUCUUCCACAAAGGCGCUGACUUCACUUGCGCAUCUCUACCGGUCGCGCGAUAUGUUCCAGCGUGCUGCAGAACUCUAUCAGCGCGCGUUGUCGAUAAACCCCGAGCUGGGUGACAUCUGGGCGACCUUGGGCCACUGUUAUUUGAUGCUGGACGACUUACAGCGCGCUUACGCAGCGUAUCAGCAAGCACUCUACCACCUAAGCAAUCCUAAUGUGCCGAAGCUUUGGCACGGAAUUGGAAUUCUCUACGACAGAUAUGGAUCGCUGGAUUACGCGGAAGAAGCAUUCGCAAAAGUGUUGGAACUCGACCCUCAAUUCGAAAAAGCUAACGAGAUUUACUUUCGCCUUGGCAUCAUUUAUAAGCAUCAAGGAAAAUGGAAUCAAGCCCUUGAGUGCUUCAGGUAUAUCCUGACCCAGCCUCCUGCUCCUCUCCAAGAGUGGGACGUCUGGUUCCAGCUUGGUAGUGUUCUAGAGAGUAUGAGUGAGUGGCAAGGCGCUAGAGAAGCAUAUGAACACGUUCUUUUGCAAAACGAAAGGCAUGCAAAAGUGCUGCAACAGCUAGGUUGUCUAUAUGGGAUGCAAAAUGUCCAAUUCUAUGACACCCAAACUGCGCUAAAUCUGCUACUAAAGUCCCUCGAGGUGGACUCUACUGACGCAACUACAUGGUACCACUUAGGCCGCAUUCAUAUGGUCAGAAAUGAUUACACCGCUGCAUACGAUGCCUUCCAACACGCAGUAAAUCGCGACUCGAGAAACCCAACGUUUUGGUGUUCUAUCGGUGUAUUGUAUUACCAGAUAUCGCAAUACAGAGAUGCACUCGAUGCGUACACCCGUGCUAUUAGGCUCAACCCAUACAUUAGUGAAGUUUGGUACGAUCUAGGUACUCUUUACGAAACUUGUAACAAUCAACUGACAGACGCGCUUGACGCAUACAAGCAGGCGGCGAGGCUGGAUACCAACAACGUUCAUAUUCGAGAAAGGCUUGAAGCUUUGACAGAGCAAUUAGCAAACCAAUCCAACGGCAAUGUUAUGGCACAUCAGCCGAAAGCAGCUACUGCGUCGAAUCCACCUCCCGUAAUGCUACAGCCUACAUUGCAAUCUACCGACGACGGCAAUCCACUAAACAAAUCUUCUGUUUACGUUCAACCACAAAUGCAAGCACAAAUGCAGAAUGCAUUGCCAGGGCACAUGCAGCCGCAUGUGCAGGCGCAGCUUCAGUCACAAGCUCUUUCGCAACAACAAUUGGCCCCUCAACCGCAGCUACAAAUGCAAGGGCACCAACAGCCACAGCUUCAGCAGUUCCGGCCUUUGCCGCAAGGAGUAGGGCCUCCUGUUGUAGGAAACUCCGUGCCGUUCAAUGAAUCAGCUCACUCUACUGGCUCUUCCGGAGGACAGACACACGCACUACCGCAAAUCAUCAACCAGCCACAACAACUCAACCCCGGUUCUAACAAACCUCCUCAAAAGAGGCCAAUGGAAGGAGGCAUGGACACAUUGGUAAAUGCUGCAGUAUCAAGCGCUGCUACUCCACCUUCUGAUGCCUCGCCUGCGCCAUUCUCUAAAAACACAGGUGCUGCUGUAGAGGGCACAGAGCCUAAGAGGCGCAAGCCCAGCACUUCGGCAACAAAGAGCCUUCUCGCUCAAUCUCCUCAGCAGGCUUCAGGGACAAAAUCGGCUGCUGCUUCUCCUGCUAGCCAGGAAUCUCAGGCUCCUGCUGUGAAUCCCCCAGCAGCCAAAGCUAUAGGAGAGUCUCCGCAUGAGGAGCCUUCUGUUGCCGACUUGGCAGCUGUUGCCACGCCUCAGGAAGUUCAGCCUCAAGCUGAAGUGCCUGUGCAAGAAAAAACGAAAAACUCUGAACCUCAACCAUCGCAAGCCGACACUCCUGAUAAGUCUGAAACUGCAGCAAGCACGGCGCCAGAAAAUCAAACCGUGAUUAAGGCCAGCCCUGAUGCCAUUGAGAAGCUGCGCGAAGAAGCUGAAUUGCGCAAAGAGGAGGAGCAGGAGGCCUUAGCAAAUGAGCCUUCUGCAGCCCAAGAUGGCAACGCAAAACCUCCUGUCAACGAGAGGGCCGUGCGUGACGUGGAGGAGGAUGAAAACUACGACGAUUAA